CUGCGCAGUAGCCUCGGCUGAGACGCCGACAACUUCCGGGUGGGCGGGUUGGCAGGCAAAGCGAGAAAAGCUGAGGCGAGGUCGUGGUUCUUGUCAGGCAAGCGGGGCGAGCAAGCGAGGGGCGCGGAUGGCGUGCGCGCUGGUGCCUUUCUGCACCUUCCAGGACCUGGAGUCGGCGAGGGACUUCCUCUGCUCGCACCUCCGCCCGGUUGGCAAGGAAGGAGGCGGUAAAGCAUCAAAUUGGGAAGAAGAUGGCUGGGGAGCCUGGGACGAAUCAGAAACACAAGAACCCGAGGAGGAAGAGGAAUCAACUGCCAAGACACAGGCAAAUUCCUGGCUUCAGGACUGCGUCUUAUCCUUAUCACCAACAAAUGACCUCAUGGUAAUUGCUCGUGAGCAGAAAGCUGUGUUCUUUGUGCCCAAAUGGAAACACAGGGAAAAGGGAAAAGAAGAAAUGCAGUAUGCUGUUGGUUGGAGUGGCUCCUUGAAUGUUGAAGAAGGUGAAUGUGUAAGCAGUGUAUUGUGCAUCCCAUUGGCAAGUCAAAAGAGGAGCUCCACAGGCCGCCCUGAUUGGACCUGUAUUGUUGUAGGCUUCACCUCUGGCUAUGUUCGCUUCUACACUGAGAAUGGAGUACUGCUCCUGGCACAGCUUUUAAAUGAAGAUCCAGUCUUGCAGCUCAAGUGCAGAACGUAUGAAAUUCCACGACAUCCUGGAGUUACAGAACAGAAUGAGGAACUGAGCAUCCUGUAUCCUGCAGCGGUGGUGACCAUUGAUGGUUUCAGUUUAUUUCAGUCCCUCCGCGCAUGUCGAAAUCAAGUAGCAAGAGCUGCAGCUUCAGGCAAUGAGAAUGUUCAGCCUCCUCCAUUAGCCUAUAAGAAAUGGGGCCUGCAAGAUGUGGAUACCAUAGUUGAUCAUGUUAGUGUUGGCAUCAUGACUCUAUCACCUUUCGAUCAAAUGAAGACUGCUUCUACUAUUGGUGGAUUUAAUGCAACAAUAAAGAACAACCCUCCUGCUAUGUCUCAAUAUAUAACCGUGGGAUCAAAUCCUUUCACUGGUUUCUUUUAUGCUCUUGAAGGUAGUUCACAGCCAUUGUUGUCUCAUGUUGCCUUAGCAGUUGCAAGUAAGCUGACAUCUGCAUUUUUUCAUGCUGCCAGUGGUUGGCUUGGUUGGAAGAACAAGCAAGAAGAAGAGCCUGUGCAGAAGCAGAAACCCAAGGUUGAGCCUGCCACUCCUUUAGCUGUCAGGUUUGGAAUUCCAGAUUCUCGUCGCCAUGGAGAAAGGAUUUGCCUUUCUCCUUGUAACUCUUUGGCAGCAGUAACAGAUGAUUUUGGACGAGUUCUUUUACUGGAUGUUACAAGAGGACUUUCUGUUCGUAUGUGGAAAGGCUACCGAGAUGCUCAGGUUGGUUGGAUUCAAAUAGUGGAAGAUUUACAUGAAAGAGAAGCAGAAAAGAUGGAUUCUUCUCCAUUUGGCACUCCCCAGGGGCCAAGCAGAGUUGCCCAAUUCCUUGUGAUUUAUGCUCCUAGGAGGGGGAUUUUGGAAGUGUGGAGCACACAACAAGGUCCAAGGGUUGGAGCCUUCAAUGUAGGGAAGCACUGCAGGUUGUUGUAUCCUGGCUAUAAAAUAAUGGGUCUGAACAACAUAACGAGUCAAGGUUGGCAACCACAGACUUAUCAGAUCUGUCUUGUUGAUCCUGUUUCAGGAACAGUAAAAACGGUUCACGUACCUUUUCAUUUAGCACUGAGUGAUAAGAAGAGUGAGCGAGCAAAGGACAUGCAUUUAGUGAAGAAGUUGUCGGCAUUGCUAAAAGCUAAAACAUUAAAACUGGAUUUGAUUGAGGCUGAAGUAAAGGAAUUAGUUCUUGAUAUUAAAUAUCCUGCUACUAAGAAACAGGCUUUGGAAAGUAUUCUCUCAACUGACCAUUUGCCACUAUCUUCUCUGACGAACAUCACACAAACUUUGAUGGAUACCUUAAAAAAUCAAGAGGUGGAGUGUAUUGAUGAAGGGCUGCUCCAGUUUUGCACAAACAAACUGAAACUGUUGCAUCUUCAUGAGUCAGUAAAUAGGCUGAAUUCUCUGACUGUACAGUCAGAACCAGUACCAUCUGAUAACGACCUGGCUAAAUUACUCAGAUUAGAAGAAGAAGAGUUUGCUAGGCUUCAGAUGCUGCUGGAGAAUUACAAGCAACAGAAUACACAACCUUCUGUUCAUUUUGCGGAGGAUAAAGACGGUGUACUGUCUGUGAAAACCUUCUUGGAAUACUUGGAUUAUGAAAAGGAUGUGAUUAAUGUGAAGAAGCUAGAGGAGAGUGAAUAUGUGGCUUUAGGAAGCUUUUUUUUCUGGAAAUGUUUACAUGGUGAAACUUCCACAGAAGAAAUGUGUCAGAUGCUGGAGUCUGCAUGUUUUAGUCCACAAUUGUUAUUGUCCCUGCUUCUCAGUGUGUGGCUUUCCAAAGAGAAAGAGAUUCUUCAUAGUGGACAAUCAGUUUGCUGCCUUCAUGCUGCACUGUCCCUUCUGAGCAAAAUGACAGUUGCGAUGGAUGAAUCAUGGGAUUCUCAGUCUGUCUCUCCCUGGUGGCAACAAAUGCGCUCCGCCUGCAUUCAGUCUGAGAAUAAUGGAGCUGCCUUGUUAUCUGCUCAUGUUGGGCAUUCUGUAACAGCACAGAUAACCGACAGCAUAGCAGAGAAAAAGCUUUCUCAUAUAACUGAAGGCAGUGAUACAGACCCUUGGGAAGCACUCUCGCUCGAUACAGAAUACUGGAAGCUUCUGUUGAAACAGUUGGAGGAUUGCUUAAUCCUUCAGACACUCCUGAACAGUAAAUUGAGCAAGAAGGCAAGCUACGCUUCAUCACUGCAGACUGAGCCACUGGGCAGACUCUCUGUCAAGAAGCUGCUUGAAGGAGGAAAAGGAGGCAUUGCUGACAGUGUAGCAAAAUGGGUCUUCAAGCAAGACCUCAGCCUACCCUUACUCAGACAGGGUCGAAAAAGGGAAGAAUCUGAAAUUGAGGAGGAUGUGCCCCAGUCUUGCAGCAGUUUCCUUCCUGAGGGUGAAGAAGAUCAGCCAGGAUUACAAACAGUACUAGACUUACUGCGUUUAGCAUAUCAGCAGUUUCCUUGUAGUCUGGAGAUGGAUGUAUUGCACGCCCAUUGCUGUUGGGAGUAUGUGGUGCAAUGGAACAAAGACCCAGAGGAAGCACGUUUUCUCACCAGGUCUAUAGAGCAUCUCAGAUGCAUCGAUAAUGCUCAUGUCCAACAUGGUAUUUCAUUAAUGAUGUGGAACACAUUCAUUGCGAAAAGACUUUCUGCUGCUACUUACUUAAUGGACAAGGUUGGAAAAGCACCAAAGGAUAGAUUGUGCAGAAAGGAUGUCGGGAUGAGUGAUGCUGCAAUGACAUCUUUUCUUGGCUCUUGCUCGGAUCUUCUUCAAACUCUCAUGGAGGCUGAUGUCCGGAGUGAUGAGAUGCAGCCUCCUGUGCUGGACACAGAAGACGCCUGGGUGUCUGUGGAAGGACAGAUCUCCCUGGUGGAACUGGCCCUUGAGCAGAAACACAUCCAUUACCCCCUUGUCCAACAUCAAUCUGUGCUCUGCACUCUCUUGUAUGCAAUCAUGAAGUUUUCCCUGAAGAGUGUGAAGCCUCUCUCUCUUUUUGACAGCAAGGGAAAAAACGCCUUUUUCAAAGAUCUCACUUCUAUUCAGUUACUGCCCAGUGGUGAUGUAGAUCCUGCUCUGCUAUCUAUACGGCAUCAAUUCUUAACCAAACUAGUGAGUGCAGUGGCACAAGCCCACUCUUCGUCCCAGAAAGCAAAGGACAGCCCAGAAGGAUCAAUUGCUGUGUCAGUGAAGGACAGAGAUUGGCCAACCCUAGCUUUGGAUUUGGCUCAGCACCUUCAGGUCACUGAGGAUGUGAUCAGAAGGCACUAUGUGUGUGAACUCUACAAUUAUGGCCUAGAUCAUCUUGGAGAAGAGGCUAUUCUGCAAGUCCAUGACAAAGAAGUCCUUGCAUCUCAGCUGUUGGUGCUGACGGGACAGAGGCUGGCCUAUGCAUUGUUGCACACUCAGACUAAGGAAGGCAUGGAGCUGCUGGCCAGGCUCCCUCCAACACUCUGCACUUGGCUUAAGGCUAUGGACCCCCAGGAUCUUCAAAAUGUAGACGUGCCAAUUUCCACAACAGCAAAGCUAGUGGAUAAAGUGAUAGAACACUUGCCAGAGAACCACGGCCAGUACAGUGUUGCCUUGAAUCUGAUUGAGGCAGUGGAUGCAAUGUCAUGAUGGCAACAUUACCAUUUCUGCUAAUAGCUUCAAAUAGAUAUCCAGUAUAAUUUAAGUGCAUGGCUCUUGUCACAGACUGAAGCAGAACAAUCCUGAGAAAACCAAUUUCACAUGACUUUUGUAAACGAAUUAACACCAGGAUUUUAGAAGAUGGUAUCAAAAUGAAAUCCAACCUUACUGUGGUGGGUAAUACCAGCAAUCUGUCAUCUCUGUACAUUUGUGUAUAACCCUAAAUAUUUAUUUCUAACUUCAAGCACUUGUGCAGUAGUCUAGGUUUUAAGAACAGUGUUGAUGCUGUUUAAAUUAACAUGUUAGUUUUCAUGUGAUAAUAGGAAUUUCUGCUUUUUAAAUGUUAAUGAUGGAAAUUUAAUCAGAUCAUGAGAAAGCAGAAGUCCUACAUAUUAUAUAUGCUGCUUAAGUGAGGUAUCCAGUUUUCAGACUAAUAGCUUGGUUGCUUUUAGUAAAGGAGCAUACAGCACCGUGAAAGGAAGAAUCAAUCCAGAAACAAGAUAAUCCUUCUCAGAAAUAAAAUCAGGAAUCUCAUUUAAUUUCAAAAUACUAGUUUUUUAGUACAUUUCCCACUGUUGUACAGCCUGUUGUAAAAACAUUGUAAAUUGUGUGCACUACUAGAUCCUUUUUGUUGAGGUUUCUGCUUCUCAUACAUAGCUGUCCAAAUUACAAAGUAUUAAAAUUAAACUUGGUAUUCUU